UUUUGUGAAUAAGGGGAGGGGGUAGUUUACAAGCUAACGGGCCUAGGGGAGGAAAAGGAAACGACCGUUACCACGGCGAGCGCGCGCCCCGGGGGCGUCAGCCAAUCAGGACCUUGAUCCUCCAACGGUCAUCAUGCGCACUUGGCGACUGGGUGCUGAGCGCGGAGGGUUUCACCCAAUCAGAAGCACCCCCACGUGGGGUCAUCUUCUCAUUUUACUAGAGCAACCAAUGGGAGCCCUGCAAGAACCCAAAGCCAAGGACCCCAGCGUCGACCAAUCACUGACACCCUCCUCCCAGUGAGACUGUCGCGCGGCGCGAGAGCGCGCUCUGAAGGAACCAAUCAGCGUCGGCGCCGAGGUGUCCUCGCGCCGCUGCCUCCUCGCUCACCCCCCUCCCACCUCACUCCCCCCGCCCGCGCGGCGCUGCUCCUGCUCCCCGCUCGCUCCCCCGCCCUCCCCGGCCCCCGCCCGCCGCCGCCAUGGACCCGAGCAACUGGAGCAGCUUCAUCUUCCAGCAGAGUCACACACAGAAUCCCCUCCAGGUCGGGGCCGAAAUCCAGUCCCGGUUUUUCGCCUCCCAGGGCUGCACCCAGAGCCCCUUCCAGGCUGCUGCCGCGGCGCCCCCGCCACCCGCUCCAGCCACCUCUGCUGAUUCCCUGCAGGUGGACCUGCUUCCGGUGCUGGCAGCCGCCCAGGAGACGGCCGCGGCCGGCGCGGUGGUGGCGGCUGCCACGGCCUCAGCUCCGGCCGCCUCCACGGUGGACACGGCAGCCCUGAAACAGCAGCAGCCGGGGCCCGAGGGGAGCGGGGGGCAGGUAGCCUCAGCCCCGCAGGCCGCCUCCCAGGCCCCCCCGGCCCAGCCGCCCGCGCCGCCGCCCCCCAGCGAGGCCCAGAAGAAGUCGAAGAGCAAGGGGCCGUACAUCUGCUCGCUCUGCGCCAAGGAGUUCAAGAACGGCUACAACCUGCGGCGCCACGAGGCCAUCCACACGGGCGCCAAGGCCGCCCGCGCCAGCCCCGCCGCCAUGAAGAUGCCCACCAUGGUGCCCCUCAGCCUGCUAAGCGUCUCCGCCCUGGGGGCGGGCGGGGGCGGGGCGGCGCCGGGGGCAGAGGGGGGCGGGGCGGCGGGGCUGGUGACCACCACGGCCUCCGGCAAGCGGAUCCGGAAGAACCACGCCUGCGAGAUGUGCGGCAAGGCCUUCCGCGACGUCUACCACCUCAACCGGCACAAGCUGUCGCACUCGGACGAGAAGCCCUACCAGUGCCCCGUGUGCCAGCAACGCUUCAAGCGCAAGGAUCGCAUGAGCUACCACGUGCGCUCGCACGACGGCGCCGUGCACAAGCCCUACAUCUGCAGCCACUGCGGCAAGAGCUUCUCCCGGCCGGACCAUCUCAACAGCCACGUGCGCCAGGUGCAUUCGACAGAGAGACCCUUCAAAUGUGAGACGUGCGAGGCCGCCUUCGCCACGAAGGACCGGCUGCGGGCACACACGGUGCGCCACGAGGAGAAGGUGCCGUGUCACGUGUGCGGCAAGAUGCUCAGCGCCGCCUACAUCACGGACCACAUGAAGGUGCACAGCCAGGGGCCCAACCACAUCUGUGAGCUGUGCAACAAAGGGUUCACCACAGCGGCUUACCUCCGGGUGCACGCGGUCAAGGACCACGGACUGGCGGCCCCGCGGGUGGAGCGCUUCCUGUGCAAGCUGUGCGGCGUGCACUGUAAGACCCCGGCCCAGCUCAACGGGCACCUGCAGACGCACGCUGGCGCCGGCGCCGGAGCCGGAGAGGGGGCCGGGGCCGCGCCCGCCGAGGCCCAACCGCUGCGGUGAAUCGCCGGGGACAGGUACGGGCGAGCUGUGCCCCCUGGCAGCAGCAGCGGCCCCGCCCACCUCGGCCGUCACCGUCCUGCCCAUGGAGGGGGCCCCGGUGGUCAGCCAGCCGCUCCCCACGCAGCCCUGGUGAUUCCUGGGGGGCAGAAGCCGACCUCCCCCCUGUUGUGCCCCCACAACGCGGCAGCUGGAGCCCCCCACCGCGCCACCGGAACUGGAGAGGAGUGUUGGGCCAAGGGGGGACGCGACCCCGGACAGACGGGGGCCCCCCAAGAGUUGGGGACCCCCUGCCUCCCACAGCCGUCCUCUUCCCCCUGGACAGAGGGGGGGCUUCCCGUCACCUCUAACCCCCAAGAGCCCCCCCUCCCCAUCCUUGGCCCCACGGCUGCCCCCCACCGCCCAUCAGCCACAUUCACACAGGGGGGGGAGCCCAGGGCUGCGUGGGAUGGGGGGGCUGGUACCAGCCGUGGGCCAGUCCCCCUCCCCCAGGGGAGACCCCCGAUGCCCUCCUGUCCUGGGGUCCCCCCAGUGUCCCCCUCAGCCUUGACACCCUCCUGGCCAGGGGUCCCCUCCCCCCCCCCCCCCCGUUUUCUAUGGGAUUUUAUGAUUUGUUUUGUUUUCUCGUGUUCGUGUUCUCGGUCCUGCCGCGUCUUGCGUUGAUUCCGCCCCCCCCUGCAUGGCCCCGACUUCGGGGGACCCCCCCCUUUUGUAUUGUAUAAAACCACCAAGAGACGGACAAAUAAACCACGCGCCGCUGUGAGUCUUUCUUCUACCACGAGGGCACCGGAGACCCCCCCGGGGGCCCCCUCCCCGGGGGCCCCCGGCACCCCACUUCCCUCCCCGGGGGCCCCACUCCCCCCGGCACCCCACUUCCCUCCCUGG